AUGAAGAAAGCAAUAACUGCAGAACAGAUAACGGAAUGGUUUACAUUAGGGACUCAAUUUGCUAACAUUAGAAUCACAGAUGAAGCGCCAAAAGAAAAGUCGGAGUCAUCAAUACCGAGUCCUGAAAAUGCUCCCCAACAGCAGGGCAGCCUAAAGAAUGAACAGGCCAGUGGGGGCCUGAGAAACAAGACGGCAAAGCCUGUUAUUCCAGAGAGUGGGCCUCCACAGUUGUUGUCCAGUUAUGAGUACCCCAGCUUGCCCAUAACAAAGAACAGACAGGAGCUCAUCUCGCUGAUUGAGAACAAUUCUGUGGUGAUCAUCCGAGGAGCUACAGGCAGUGGGAAGACUACCCAGCUGCCCCAGUUUAUCCUGGAUUACUACAAUGAGAAGGACGCCCCCUGUAACCUUGUGGUCACCCAGCCUCGCAAAAUAGCUGCCAGCAGCAUUGCCCGAUGGGUCGCCAGAGAACGCAAGUGCACCCUGGGUAGUCUGGUGGGAUACCAGGUGGGCCUGGAGAAGAUGGCCACUGAACACACAAGGCUCAUCUACAUGACCACUGGGGUGCUGCUGCAGAAACUGGUUGCAGCCAAGAGCCUGACUGAGUUCUCCCACAUCUUCAUAGAUGAGGUUCAUGAGCGGAGUGAGGAGCUGGACUUCCUCCUGUUGGUUGUAAGGAAGCUCCUCCGUUCCAACUCUCGUUAUGUCAAGGUUAUCCUCAUGUCGGCCACCAUCAACUGUAAGGAGUUUGCGGAGUACUUUGGCACCUUGAUCCGCAGCCAGACGAACCCAGCCUAUGUGUUUGAGGUGAAGGGUGCUCCAUACGCCAUUGAGGAGUUCUACCUGGAUGACCUCCAUUCCCUGAGUCCCUACAGCGUGGAUACCCGGCAUCUAGACGACCCUUACAUCACCACGGAGAUGUACAACGUGGCUGUCAGCCUGAUCCAGAGCUUUGAUGAGCUAGAGGCCAAAGAUCAUAGUAGCAGGAUGAAGGAGGAAGGAGGCCUGGGUCUGCCAGACAGGGGGAGUGUGCUGGUGUUCCUUCCUGGUCUGGCUGAGAUCCACUACAUGCAGGAGGCCUUGUCCAAGCUUGUGCGCAAGAGACUGCAGGUGUACCCCCUCCACUCCUCUGUCACUCUGGAGGAGCAGAAUGGGGUUUUUCUGGUGCCUGUCCCAGGGUACAGGAAGAUUAUUCUCUCUACCAACAUUGCAGAAAGCUCAGUUACAGUCCCAGAUGUCAAAUAUGUGAUUGAUUUUUGUCUGGCACGACACAUGGUCUGUGACAAAGAGACUAAUUACCAGUCCCUCCGCCUCACCUGGGCCUCCAAGACCAACUGUAACCAGCGCAAAGGCAGGGCUGGGCGUGUGUCUAAGGGCUACUGUUACCGACUAGUGACCAAGGAGUUUUGGAGGAACGAGGUCCCAGACUAUGUGAUCCCUGAGAUGAUGCGUGCCCCGCUGGCCAACAUCAUGCUGAAGGUGAAGUUGCUGGACAUGGGGGACCCCCGCUCCCUCCUCUCCGCUGCCUUGUCGCCCCCCAACCUCAGUGACAUCGAAAGGACAGUGCUCCAGCUCAAAGAGAUGGGCGCGCUGUCUAUCGGGAAUGACGGUCAAGCACAGAGGCGUUUUGAUGGAGAUCUGACGUUCCUGGGUCGAAUGCUGGCUCACCUGCCUGUGGACCUUCACUUGGGGAAGAUGAUCGUACUCGGCCACGUCUUUGGCUGUCUACAGGAAUGUCUCAUCAUAGCCGCCUCCCUGUCUCUGAAGAGUUUCUUUGCCAUGCCCACCCUACAGCUGUUGGCAGGCUACAGGAGCAAGCUGUCCUUUGCCAACGGUGUUCCGAGUGAUCACAUAGCUUUCGUCAAUGCGUUCAAGGCGUGGCACGCUUCCAGAAGCAAAGGAGAGUUGAGGCACCCAAAGGAUGAACUGGAGUGGGGAAAGGAGAACUGCAUCCAGAUCAAGAGGAUCAGAGAGGUGGCUGAGCUCUAUGAGGAUCUGAAGAAGCGAGUGUCACAGUUCAACAUGCAUGUUAUUGAGAACCCAGAGCCCAUGGACUACUCCAGCAUUUAUAAGCAGCUUUUCAUCCUGCAGGUGGUUAUAGCUGGCGCCUACUACCCCAACUACUUUGCCCAGGGGGAAAUGGAUGAGGAGCUAGCCUCCAAAGACCUGUCUGGCCAUGAUCCCAAAACAACCGUGCUGGUGAGGAACCUGCCUCCCUACAGUUUCCUGUAUUACAAGCAGCUGCAGUCUCUAUUUCGCCAGUGUGGCCAGGUCAAGUCCAUAGCCUUUGAUGGAUCAAGAGGGCAUGUGGAGUUCUACCGGACCGCUGCCAGGGGUUCAGUGGUGCUCCCAGAGGUGUCUCUGGCACUCUUCCUGGCCCAUCAGAGACACCCCCUGGACCUGUUGGUGCACUCCAGUGACGAGGUGGAGGCUCGCUCUGGGGGCAGGAUCGUCGGUCAUCUGAGAUACGCUCGGGUGAAUGUGGACUUUCAGAAUAACUCUGUCUACCCAGUGGGGGUGUUGAGCAGUGCCAUCGACCCAGACAAGCUGCCCACUAAUCGUAUCUUUGUGGUCAACGUCACAGAAGUGGUGGAAGUGGGUCACUUCUGGGGCUUCCAAGCAGACGAGGCCAGCAUUGCGAAGCAGCGUAACCUGACAUCGGAGAUUAAUUCUCGUGAGCUUUGUCCAAUUCCUGCCUCCCUCUACCCAAACCUGCUGUGCCUGGCGCCUUUUUCUGAGGGCAAUGAGCAGGGCCUCUACUACUAUCGUGCCAAGGUCCUGCAUGUCCGUGGCAGCUCCGUGGAGGUGUUCUUCUUGGACUUUGGCAACACCAGCCUGGUGUCGUGCAGCUGUCUGAGGGAGCUACCGGCUGAUAUCAUGGCCCACCAAUUCCAGGCCAAGGAGUUCCAGAUCGCCGGGAUGCUUCCCUCUGCUCAGUCUAUGAUCUCUGGGGACCAGUGGAGCAGCCGUGCACGCAACCAAUUCAUCACGCUGGUAAACGGCCGCUCGCUCCUCGUCUCACUGUUCUCCAUCCUGCACGGAGUAAUGCGGGUGGAGCUGCUCAUCACCACGGACAGCGGCACCUCCAGCGUGGCUGACAUCAUGAUACAGCAGGGACAUGCCAUCAGUGCUGAGGAGAGCUUUGAAUCCAAGCAGAGCCACGAUGUGCUGUUGUCUCUUUACAAAGACAUGCAGGAUGGCACCUUCACCCCCAACACUACCAGCAGCUCCUGGAACACCCGCAAGGAGGAGGAGAAGCAGCUCAUCGACAGUCUGCUCCAGUCCUUCUCAAAGACUAGCCAGUCCUCUCUGAAAACCAAGGUUCCUGUGCACGGUCCAUCCAGCCCUCACAAAGUCCACUUCCACAGCUUUAACAAAGCCACUCACUACAGGUCGGUGCUCAUAGAAAAAGACAGCAUCAACUCGGUGGCAUUAAACGAGAGGCCUCAGGACAGCCAUCAGAGGAUGCUGGUGGCUGGUUCCGUGUCUGUCAGUGCCAAUGGCACAUAUAUUCUACUGAGGGAGACCACACUAAUGCCUCACAUUCAUGGCCUGCCAGCCCUCCUCACCAUGCUCUUCUCCCCUGUCAUAGAGCUACGCACCAACGAGGACAGGACCAGCUACACUGGCGCCCUCUGUGGUCUGGGGUGGAAUGUCCAUUCUCGAGAAGCUGUCCUGCCUGAACGUGACAUGGAGCUCUCCUUCGAUGUCAGAUUCGAUGUAGAGGACAUCACCGAGGUCAAUGCGCUGCGUGGCGCCAUCAACCGUCUGGUGUGCGAGGGGCCCAACGGCCCUUUGCACCUGGGGCCGGACAGGAUCAACAGCCUGCAGAACGACUGCCGCGAACGCCUCAUGAGGUUGUUUACGAAGUCCCCCCCACGAGCAGACGUUGUUCCGGUGUUCCAUGAGGAACCCAACAAAUGGAACCAGGUGGAUCCCAGUCAGAAGAUGGAAAUUGUCCAGAAGGAAGAUAAAAAGAACAGAGCGGUCUUGUUCCAAUUACACCCUGUCACACUACUCAACAUGUGAGAAGUCAUUCUGAACCAGCAGACAAAAACCACGGCAUAGUUUCCUGUUUUCACUUGGUAUUCAUGUUUUGCCAAAUGUUUGCUUAUGGUAUCCUUCUGGGGGGACAAUGUGAUGUUUUACUCAUGGUCCUGAUAGACAGUGCUCCUUGUGUCUGGUGUUAUGUUAAUGUCGUUCAGCUUUGCUGGUGCUGUGCUGGUGUAGUUAUAUUUUCCUUUUAUCCUAAUAUUCAUGCAAUGAUCUGCAUUUUUUGUAUAAAUACAUCUGACUUGAAGUCUGAA